GCAAGAAUGCCUACUGGAGAUAAACAGCCAGAAAAACAUAAGAAAGAGUCUAUUAUUGAUUUAAACAAGUAUAUAGAUAAAAGAAUUCGUGUCAAAUUUUCAGGUGGACGGGAAGCUGUUGGUAUCUUAAAAGGAUGUGAUAAUUUACAGAAUAUGGUGAUUGAUUGUACUACUGAAUUCCUUCGUGAUCCAGAUGAUCCUCAUCGUUUGACCGAAGAUACAAGAGAACUUGCCCUUGUGGUUUGUAGGGGUCCAUCUGUGGAACUUGUUUGUCCUGCAGAUGGAAUGGAGUCUAUACCUAAUCCAUUUGUUCAACAAGAAUGAUUCUUAAAAAUUUAUUUUAUAUGAUAUAAAUAAAUUUGUAAAAUAUUCCUGCCUUCUGUCUCAUGGUAACUGUACGUCACAUAAGCACCUUCAUGUCAUCAGCAAUUAAUUUCUUACUGAAUAUCUAUAUUAAAAAAUACAUUGACUUUGUACAAAAGUCAUUAUAUUUCCCAUAGACUUUUGCAUGAUGUUAAUUUUUUGAGAAAAAGACUAUCAGAUAGAUUUAUUAGACCGUGUAGUAAAAAGUUAAUAGUCAGUAUGAAAACUUCCAGGAAUAUUAAUACUUCAAAGAUCAACCAGUUUGUUUGUGAUAACAUUUUUUAACAAAUCAGGUUUCCUUCUGGUGUGUGAGCCGAAUUAAUUCUUCAGUAGCGAUUGUAAUCUUACAUCCAAAUAGUGGCGAAAUAAAGAACACAUGCACUU